GAAGCGAAGGGCGUCGUCGGCCAGACGCCGCGAGGCUGUGCGCAGUGCGGCAAGAUUCUUGGGGGCCCCGAGUCUCACGCAAAGCCGCAUGUGUGCGUCGAGUGCGGGAAGAGGUUCUCAAAGCGGUCGAAUCUAGAGAUACACUCGAGAAGACACACCGGCGAGAAACUGCACGUGUGCCCCCAGUGCGGCAAGAGCUUCACGCAGCAUUCCCACCUGGUGAUGCAUUCGCGAACGCACACCGGCGAGAAGCCGCACGUGUGCAACGAGUGCGGGAAGGGCUUUUCGCAGCGCUCUACCUUGAACAUGCAUUGUAGAACACACACCGGCGAGAAGCCGCACAUUUGCGUAGAGUGUGGGAAGGGGUUCACAACUCGUACCGAUUUGAAAAAGCAUUCUAGGACGCACACCGGCGAGAAGCCAAACGUCUGCAAGGAGUGCGGUAAGUGCUUUGCGCAGCUCUCCAUUUUAAAGACCCAUUAUAGAAUACACACGGGCGAGAAGCCAUACGUGUGCAAGGAGUGCGGUAAGAGCUUCGCACAGCUCUUCAAUUUGAAGAUGCAUUCCAGGACACACACCGGCGAGAAGCCGUACAUGUGCAAGGAGUGUGGGAAUACUUUUUCAAAGCGUUCCCAUUUGGAGACGCACUCCAGGACUCACACCGGCGAGAAGCCAUACAUGUGCAAGGAGUGCGGGAAGAGGUUUACGCAGCGCUACAAUUUGGAGAUGCACUCCAGAACGCACACGGGCGAGAAGCCGCACGUGUGCAAGGAGUGCGGUAAGGGUUUCGCCACGCACACCGAUUUAAAUAAGCACUGUAGAAUACACACUGGCGAGAAGCCGCACGUGUGCAGUGAGUGCGGCAAGGGAUUCGCAAGGCACACCGAUUUAAAUAAGCAUCGUAGAAUACACACGGGCGAGAAGCCGCACGUGUGCAUGGAGUGCGGGAUGGGAUUUUCACGUCGUUUCCAUUUGGAGAGACACUCACGGACGCACACGGGCGAGAAGCCGUACGUGUGCACGGAGUGCGGGAAGAGUUUCACGCAGCGCUACAAUUUGGAGAUGCACUCCAGAACGCACACUGGCGAGAAGCCGCACGUGUGCAAGGAGUGCGGCAAGGAGUUUUCAACGCACACCGAUUUAAAUAAGCAUUCUAGAACCCACACUGGCAUAAAGCCAUACGUGUGCAUCGAGUGUGGCAAGGGAUUUACAACACUUACUUAUUUAAACAAGCAUGCUCGGACACACUUAGUGAUGAGUCACUCAUAAUAGAGGUUUUUUUUUUGGUAGAUCGCGUAAAUAUACGUGUCGUUAAACCUGCCACCAGCCAACAGUAAACUAGUAAGGUUUGUCACGUAAACAAAACGUGGCCAAUUCGUUUAUAGUUCAGCACACCAGUGUGUUGCAAAGUAAACCCACUACAACAUUUAUAAUUCGAGUACCGUGACAUUUCGCCAGUAAUUACAACCAGCAUCAUCAGGGAAAGACAUUUAACAUUGCCCUUACACGAUGGAUAAAAGCACCACAUUUUCAGUUUGGAUAUUUUCAGUGCUUAGAAUAAUAAUGAGGCAAGGAGCCCUUCCGAAUGUGUCUUAAUAUCCAAAUUGUGGCCGACAAUCAUUGUGGAAAGAAAGCCCAUGCUAUGUUCGAAGUUAGUCAGUAUGCCCCAACCAGAAAAUGGAUUCUGACAUUCGAUCAGCACAGGUGGCUACGUACAGUGCAAAAUAAUUUCAACAUAUAUACAGAGAUGUGUAAUCUAUCAUAAACCGUGUAUAUGUACAGUAAUAUUUUAUAAUUUCCUUACAUUUGUAUUUUAAGAGUGAUGCAACACUCACCUUUUCUCAGUCCUUUUUUUCCCCACGGACUCCUUACGUUUGCAUAGCGGCAAGCAAUCUAGGGUUGGCUCUCCCACAUGGUUGAAAACCGUUUCCUUUUGCAGGAACACUUGCUCAGAGUUCUCCUCCACAUGCUUUAAACAACCUCUUUAAAAUUUGAAUAUACAAAUUGGCACCCAACGAUUUAUCUGUUAAUCAAACCAAAACGAAGCCUUUCUGGAGAAGGAGACAGCUGCUCCCGACGUGGUGCUCGUGACCAAAAUUCCAGCCUGGUAGGUGGCGGGGCCCGUUGAGCGUUUUUAAUUAGAUCAUCCCGAGUGGGUGGGAAUGUGUCCAUGGCUCGAUCCUUCCGACGGGAAAGAGAUCCACUGCGGCCUCUCGCAUAUCAGAUUUGAGAGGGCUUGUGUUGUCGUACGUGACGGCAAGACAAUCUUUGGAGCUUUUUUGAAGCGACGAGAGAGUGUAAAGUGUUAACUGUUCAAAGGCGGCGAUAGCUCCAUGUGCACAAAUGUCCCUGGAACCUGUCUAACACGUCGUAGUACAAGGCUUUUGCAACCAAUAACCAUAAUAGAGGUUUUUUGGGUUAGAUUGCAUAAAUAUGAAUGCGUCGUGAAACCCGCCAACACCACCCGACACAACCAAUUCGUAACAUUUGUCACGUAAACAAAACAUGGCAAUUAGCUACA